GCUCCCGGGGUUCCUGCACAGAAUAUGCCAGCUGGGGCCCGACAGAGGUCUGCAAAAACAGCAGCUAAAGUUCUGAGCCAUAUCAGAUAUUUUCAAACUAGAAUGAAACGAGGAGAGUGUUUGGGAGUUUUUCACCUUUUCCUAGUGUGCUCCAUCACUGGGUUGUUGAUGGAUCAGCACAGAGAUGCAGAGAGAGACCAAGAGCUGAACAAAGCCAUUCUGGAAAUGUUACACAUCAAGAAAGUGUCAGCUAGUCAUCAGACCAGACCACACCCGUACAUGAGGAGGAUCUACCUGCAGCUGGCCUCGCUGGACUCUCCAGACUUCACAGGAUCAGACGGAAUCCUGGUGCAGAGCUUUAAAAGUGUUGACGCUCCACCUGAUGCUCCUGAUGGAUGGAUCUGGUUUAAUGUUAGCAGCCUGGACCCAUCCAUCCUGGGUGCAGAACUGGUUCUGUUCAGGAGGACCCUCCACCCACRUCCCCUCAGUGUUACUGUCUCCCUGCAUGGCUUGGUCGCUCUACGGGACCCUCUGGACCGACUCCUGGCCCUCCAGGAGAGGCAGCUGAUGCUGGAUCAGCGACCCUCCUCUGGGUACGACGUGUUUGACGUCUCACAGGUUCUGGCUGCGAGGCCUCUGGAGGUGGUGGGCUUUCAGCUCCACUACAGAGACGAGAGUGGGAGUCUGGUCCUUCAUGAGGCGCUGACCCAGAGUCUGUACUGUCUGAACAGAAGCUGCCUGAGUGAACCUCUGUUGGUGCUCUACCAGGACCGUCCUCCUCAGGUCUGAUGCUGGCAGUUCAAGAUGGCUGCCACAGCACAGCGUUAACUGUUACCCAGUCAGUUUGACAACUUUGUUAGUUUGUUGGUUUGUUUGUAAAAUAUCUCAUGAACCCUUCAGUGGAUUUGAAGGAAAAAAAUUAGAAAGUUGAUUAGGUUGACAUCUUCCAUCUUGGCCUUCUUAUAGGCCAUGUGGUGCCAAGUGUAAAAUAAAAUGUCACUAACACAUUUUCAUUAUUUAGCUCACGUUCUGAGUCUCAAAUCCUAGUUACUAAUAUGUUUUAUUAUU